UGAUACUUGUGUAAAUCUACGAUGCUGUCUUGGCGUGUGUUGGCCCACAAAAAAUUCAUUACUCUGUGGAUCAUAUCGUCCCGAGUGGGGUUUCUCAGCCCUAUAAUGGCCCAAGGUCAUGAGAGUGGCCACAAGGGUCAACAAGUUUGGUCAGGGGUCUUCGGAUGGCCCUGCUUAAAGAAGAAUAAGCUAAUCACAAAGUAAGCAAAUGAGCCCAAGGCUUCGAAAGCCAUGUCUGUAAGAAAAAAGAGUAUAAAGGGGGGUAACUAGGUAUUCUAUCAAGCAUCUAGCGCGAAAAUACUCUCCCCGACUCCAGUCUGCUGCUACACGAACUGUCUUUGGAAUGAUGGAUUCGAGCUCGGCGCUUAACCCUGAGCAGGUCGAGCAAUACUUCGCUCAUAUUGGAUUGCCUAUGCGGGAUCUUCUAAUGCGAAACGCCCAACCAGACCUCGAAACCCUCUCCAUCAUCCAAGCCCAUCACCUAUCACGAAUCCCAUUUGAGAACCUGGAGCUGCAUUAUAGCAAAGCGCCGAGGAUCUCGUUGGACGUCACCGACAUCUACCAUAAGUUCAUCGUAGCGGAACGCGGGGGCUACUGCAUGGAGCACAACCUCUUUCUCUGUCAUGUGCUGCGCUUCUUAGGGUUCCAGGUGCAUCUCACCGGCGCUCGUCUCCACCGAGACGCAACCACUUCCGCACCAGGGUGGUCAGGAUGGGAACACGCAGUGAACAUCGUCACUCUCGACGACCAAGCCCAGUACCUGGUGGACGUGGGCUACGGCGGCGAUGGCCCCAUCGUUCCCGUGCCCUUGGCAGUGACAGGCGUGACGCUUCCCAACCUGGGCAUCCAGGAGCUGCGCUUGUCGUAUGAGUCCGUCCCGGGCCUCUCCAGUCGACCGGACCAGAAGCUCUGGACGUAUCAGAUCCGCAACGGCGCCGAUCGGGCCUGGCGACCGUGCUAUGCCUUCUCCGACCUCGAGUUCCACCCGCGCGACCUCGAGGUCAUGAACUUCUACACCAGCCAGUUUCCGGGCAGCUUUCUCACCACGCGCGUCUUGGCCAUUCGAUUCCUCGCCCGCGACGGUCACAUCUACGGGAAGGUGGUUCUGGACCAGGAUAAGGUCAAGGUCAACACGGGGGGUAAGUCCGUGCUGGUCCAGACGUGCGUGACCGAGGCGGAAAGAGUCGAGGUGUUACGCGAGCGGUUCGGCGUUGUCUUGGCGCAGGAGCAGCAGCAGGCGAUGCUCGGGAGAAACUCCGCAAUAAUCCCUGGUGGUGCGGAUUGAUCUGGUUCUUGAUGAGACUGAAUAGGAAUGGGGUGGGGUAGGGUGCAUUUGCGUGAAUGGUCUUCCGUAGUUCAGUGGUGCGGAGUGCCACUGGCAACAUCAUCAGCUUUUUCCAUCUGGAAAUAAC